AUGCGCCCUGUCGUCCCCGAUCUCCUGGCUUCACCUCCUCGCAAACCUUCCCCCGCCGACCAGUCCGUUCCAUUAUGCUCCGAGACCGAUACUCCCACCUCCUUCUUCCUGGCCAGAGAAAUGCAUGACGACGGCCUUUCAUCUUCCAGAGACAACGCUUACGGCGUACAGAGUUUAGAAGACACCCUUAAUUCUGCAGACUUCUCGCUUGGUGUCAAAGAGGACGCAUAUCGUCGGGAUUCGAAUGUGAAUGAGUGUUACGAUGCAAAUUCUCGGCGUAGAACUACUCUCAAACCCUCGGACUUCCUACAACACAUUGAUCGAUCAGACACACCGCUAUCCAAGACCCUCUCCCGAGUUUCGCCUGGGCCGUCGCGCCCGCUGACUCCAUUCGGCCUAGCUGACGAACCAUCUAGCUUGCCCAGCAGUCCCAAAUCAACGUCAACACGUUCAUUCAAACCUGUGGAUGACUUAUCAAUAACAGAUGAAAUCAGCAGUCAGGCUUUAGCAUCGAGCGGCGAGGAUGAAGACACUCCUGAAAUGGGCGACCAUUCUCAUAACCAUCAUGGAUUAGAUGACAGCUCUUCGCAACUGAUCAUGCCCAGUAUCCGCAUGCCAAGCCGACGUCCGUUUACCGAUAGAGGCAAGAACUUUGGCCGUUUCAAAAUUCUUGUUGCUGGAUCAAAAGGUUGCGGCAAAUCUUCGUUAAUCAAGUCGAUUUUCCAGGCAUGCGAUGAUAUCGUUCAUGUUGAUCCUGUAGAAGGCUCGACAUCACCAGAAAAUGGACACCCCGGCCCGAAAUCAAGUCUCAAAAGGUCUAAUAGCGCUACACUUACAGAGAUCUAUGCAAGCACCAAACCCUAUCCGCCGUGGUGGUCUGACCUCGAAGAUUCACGCGUGCUUCGACGACGCAAAAACAAUGGAGAGGCUGUUUUAGAGCGGAAUCUAUGCUUCGUCGAUACCUCGGCGUCCGGCGGUAGCACUAGUCGAAGAAGUCAGACCACAGACAUCAUCAUCCAGUACAUGAGACAGCAGUUAUCCCGUGCUAUUUCUUCAGUCAGCAAUCCUAACUCUGACCUUCGAAAUAUGCUGGGUGGGAAUGGGGGCUCUCAAGUCGACGUGAUCCUUUAUCUCAUUUCUGAAGAAACCCUCUCUAUGGACAUCGAAUGCAUUUGUAAACUGUGCGAAUUCAGCAACGUGGUCCCUCUUAUUUCGAAGGCCGAUUUAAUUUCCGCUACUCAGAUCAUGUCUUUGAAAAAGUUGUUCUAUAAACAAAUUGAGCAGCGUGAUGUCCGGCUAUUUUCCUUCGGAGAUUCCGAAAAUGUACCGGUAGAUGAACGAUCACAAUCGCUUUUCGCAGUCUCGUCAGCGCAAUCGAGUGAUGAUGAUAACAUGGAUGCAAGUGUAUUGAUGAGUCCGGACUAUGUCCAGCCUCUAGUUGCGUCUGAACUCCAUGAAUUGAUUGGAAAGAUAUUUGAUAGUGAUAAUAUGUCCUGGCUUCGUCAUACUGCAGCCAAGAAGCUGACUCAAAACGCAACUGUCUUGGCUCCUCAGCGGUCGAAUACGGCUGGCCCGACUGCUUUACGCCGACGCUCUGUGAGCCCUGGUGGCUUGAUGUCGCCUUCCAAUCCAGUUUCAAAUGCAAUAAUGGCCCCUGUUGCGCUCGGUGGAGCUUCCAACUACGCUUUGGCACGAGUAGCAGAUUACACCCAGCAAGAGGAGAAGCUGGCUCAAGUACGACUGGCAAAAUGGGCGGUGGAUUUGCAACAAAGCUUGCAAAAUGAACGCGAGCGAUAUGCCGCACUUGCGCGUGGUGAAAGGGCAGCUUGGCUUACCGAACGUCUCGGAGAGUGUGUGCUAGAUGGUACGCUGGUACCGAUCCAUCAGACGCCCGGUUUCUCCGGGUGGGGCGUUGAGACCGACAAGAAUUCCGGUGGUAUCAUCAUACGAACAACAAAUGGGCAGACCGGAACAUAUCGACUCACCAAGCUUAGUCCUCAGGAUCCCCUUGGGCUUGUUCGAUGGAACGAAGAUCUACGCCGCCGGGGCUGGAUUAUUGUACAGGUAGUUGGCAGUUUCGGAGUUGUAGGUGGUUUGGCACUUUGGCUGGCCAAACUCUGGGGUUUACCGUCCCAAAGCUUGUCUGAAUGGCACUUUGACUGGGUUCAUUCACAAGAUUAG